AUAUUAAUAGAUUAUAAUAUAUUCAAUUUACCUAUUGUUCACUUUGAAAGUGUCAUAACAUUCAUCAAUCUUACAUCAUUAACGAUGAAACACAAGUUUUAAUGACUUUUCAUUUUGUGAAUUGCUUAGUUGAUAAACGUACUAAAAAACAUGGUACUCGUUUGGAGGUUAUUUACAAGAAGCAUUUCUUCACAAAGAAUAAAAUUUCGCAAAUCAAUGGUCACACAUAAACAGUUAUUUUAUACGUGUUUAACGCCAUCAAUCAGAUUUAGUAGAAAGAGCCCUAUAUUUUCAAUUUUAAGAUGUCAUACAACGAAUGCUAUAAAAACCAAAAGUUUAAACUCUACAGUACGAUUUACCACAAAAAAAAGAGAAACGUCAGAAUUAAAAAAUUUAAUUGUCCUAGCAGUACCUGAGAAAUGGAGGUUAUUCGGUGCUAUUACCUUUUUAUUAAUUUCAUCUACUAUAACAAUGGUAGUACCAUUUUCUUUAGGAAAAUUAAUUGAUAUUAUUUAUGCAAGUGACAAAGAAGAUACGAAGAAAAACCUUAAUCAAUUGUGCAUUAUUUUGUUUGGAGUAUUUGUUAUUGGAGCUCUAUGCAAUUUCUGCAGAAUAUAUUUAAUGUCUACUACUGGACAUAGGAUUACGCAGUCUUUAAGAAAACAAUUGUAUGCUGCCAUUCUUCGACAAGAAAUAGCAGUUUUUGAUAAAUGUAAUACAGGAGAAUUUGUUGGUCGAUUGUCUGGAGAUACACAACUUGUUAGCCAAGCAUUAACAAGUAACAUAUCAGAUGGAUUACGUUCUACUUUUAUGAGUAUUUGUGGGAUAUCAAUGAUGCUUUAUGCUUCGCCUAAAUUGGCCAUAAUUGGUCUAACUAUCGUGCCACCAGUUGCAGGUUUAGCCAUAGUAUGUGGUCGCUAUUUAAAGAAGAUUUCUAAAGACAUGCAAAAUAAUUUAGCAGAACUAAAUACAAUUGCUGAAGAGAGAAUUAGCAAUAUAAGAACAGUAAAAGCUUUUUCAAAAGAAAUAAAUGAAUCCAAUUAUUAUAAUUCUCAGCUAGACAAUGUGCUUAAAAUUUGUUAUAAGGAAAGUUUAUGCAGAGGGAUAUUUUUUGGAUUAACUGGUUUUUCUGGAAAUGUGAUUAUCUUGUCUGUUUUAUAUUAUGGUGGGGCUAUGAUUUCCGAUUCCUCUCUUACAGUUGGAAGCUUAAGCGCAUUCUUAAUGUAUGCAGUGUAUGUUGCAAUAUCUUUAAAUGGCUUAUCUUCAUUUUAUAGUGAAUUAAAUAAAGCAUUAGGCGCAAAUAUGCGUUUAGCUGAAUUGAUUGAAAGAGAGCCAACAAUACCAAUUCAAGGUGGUAAAAUUCUGGAAAAGCAGUUAUCCGGUGAUAUUGAAUUCCAAAAUGUCAAUUUUGCUUAUCCUACAAGAAGAAAUACAUGGGUUUUGAAAAACUUCAGUUUAAAAAUCCCACCAUGUAUGGUAAUUGCUAUCGUUGGAGCAUCAGGUUCUGGAAAGUCUACAAUAGCUUCACUCUUAUUGAGACUUUAUGAUCCCAAUUUAGGAUCUAUACUUUUGGACAAACAUGAUCUUCAAUCUCUUAACCCAGCAUGGGUGAGAUCACAGAUCAGUAUAGUUUCUCAGGAACCUAUUCUCUUUAGUGGUACAAUAAGAGAGAACAUAUUAUAUGGAGCAAUAGAUUCAGUAAAACAUGAUGUAGAAGAAGUUGCAAAAUAUGCACACGUUUUAGAAUUUACAAAAAAUAUGCCAGAUGGUUUAGAUACAUUAGUUGGAGAACGGGGUAUUACUCUUAGUGGUGGACAAAGGCAAAGAGUUGCUAUCGCUAGGGCUUUAAUAAAGGAGCCUAAAAUCUUAAUCUUGGAUGAAGCUACAAGUGCAUUAGAUGCAGAGAGUGAACAUUAUGUACAGAAAGCUUUAGAAAAAGCUGUUCAAGGACGGACAGUUCUAACCAUAGCUCACAGAUUAAGUACAAUAAAAAAUGCAGAUAAAGUCAUUGUUUUGAAAGAAGGGCAAGUAACGGAAACGGGAACUUAUAAAGAACUUGUGAGCUUAAAGGACAGUUAUUUUCAUAAGUUAGUUCAACAUCAAACCUUUGCUUAAUUUCUGGAGUUUAAUAAAAAUCACCAAUAAUUAAUGAUUAAUGUGUUCAGUAAACCAGAAAUACUAAGAAAUACUUAAUAAUCUAUAAAAAUAAUGUACAAAGGUUAUUGAAAAUAGCAUCUGUAAUAAAUGAUUAAUAAAUUUAUUAAUUUAA